AGGUGAUAAUGAUAUUUACUCCGAUAAAAUCGUUGCGGGGAGUGGUGACGCCUGCUAUGGUCCGAGCUUGUAUGGUACGGCCAGUGGGGGGCUUCUUGAGGGCAGCUUCGCCGUCAGCAAGAUUCUUCCAAAGUGAGCCGAGUAAAAGUCAUCAGGGAGGCGGGGGGCCGGACUUGGUGUUUGAAGGGCCGUCCUUGCAAGGCGUCUUGGAUGAAUCUGCGAGGAAAUUCUACAUGGGUCUUGGUAUGGAAUGCUGUGGCAUUGCCUCAUAUACGGUGAUGUGGGCAGAGACGGUCAAUCCUGGGGCGACCGCAAUGCUUCUGUUCCUGUUGUGCACCCAGCUGGCCUUCUCUGUGAAGUCCCAGAGCUUAUUAGAGUAUGCCGCAACGGUGAAAAACGUCACUCGCAUGUAUGCACAGAAACUCCCAGGGGGAGGAGCUGCUGAUUACGAGGGUGCCUGGAGGCUCUUUAUCGAGACUGAUGCGAUGAAACGUAGAGUCGAUUUGGAGCCACGCGGGUCUUUGCCACGAGGAGAUGCGGCGGCUGGCAGAGUCAGUUUUGAUCAGCUCGUCCGCCUGGGGGCGUUGGAAUUUGACGUUGAUGCUAAAGGGGCAGUUGUCCACGAUAGAGACACUCUGGAUAAGCUGGCCCCCUCUGUAUUUGCCAAGGCUGGCCAGCAGCGCUUUGUAGCGAGCGAAUCGGAAUUAGUGAUUACCCAGGAAGAAGUGGAGACCACGAGGACGAUAGACGACUCGUUUGCGCCUAAUGUGCGACUGUCCGAGCUCACCACCAAGCAGUUGGAGGAAGCCUUGGCUAAGCGUCCGGGAGCUCUGGGGGGACAGAAUAUCAAAGCUGUUCCGUCGCGAGUGUUGCUGAACAAAGCCUCGGACACGCUUUUCUACGGUGGUGGGUUUAUUCUGGCUGGUGCGGUUCUCUUGGGCCUCUUCGGGGGGAGCACUGAGGAGUAUCUUAAGAGGGCCGAGGAGGAGCACAACAGAAUGAUGUCCAGUAGGAUGAUGACGCCAUUCAACAGUCAACAGCCUCAGCAGUUCUAUGGUGGUUAUGCUCCCCCUCCUCCUGGUACCACACCUCCGCCACUUCAAGGAUACCCUACUCGGGGUCAGUAUUGAACU